CAAAUGGGAAGAGGAGCAGGAAUUACGAAAGAAAAAGCAGGAACAAGAAGCGGAACUGAAGCAGCAGCGCAAACUGGAGAGACAAAAGCAGAAGUUCGGCGCGACCGCAAGUGGUGCCGGCACGGAUCAUCGGGGCAAGUGCACGAAGACAUUACAUUCUAGUUUGGAUUGCAAUCUGAUUCACAACGAUGUCACGUUCGGCCAGAGUUCGCAGCGGUUUCGGACCCCGCCAAUGCACCACGCACGGGGUGGAGGUAUGAUAGGCUCGUCUACGUCGACGUCCGGGUUGAACCUGAUGCGAAAUGUGAGUAAUUUUAUGGGUGGCGGCCUGAACUACCCAUUUAAUGUAUCGUCCGAAAGCGACCAGUGUCGGCCACCCGUGGAAGUGUACAUGAGUCGGAUCCGGCAUUUGGUCCCAAAGCCGUAUUUCGGAUCAGUAAGCAGUGUAGGUGCAGCAGGAGGUGCAGGAGGUGGACCCUCUGG